AUGGACAGCGAACAGUUCAGAGCCGCUGCGCACGCAACGGUAGAUGACAUUAUCAACUAUUUUGACAGUGUCCCCGACCAGCGCGUCUGCCCCACCGUCGACCCAGGCUACCUCCGUCCCCUCAUCCCCGAGCAACCCCCCUCAGAACCGGAAGAAUGGUCGCAAAUCCAAGCCGACGUCGACACCAAGAUCAAACCGGGUCUGACGCACUGGCAACACCCUAACUUUAUGGCCUUUUACCCCGCGACGGUGACCUACCCCAGUAUCCUGGGUGAGAUGUACUCGGCCGCGUUCAACGCCCCCGCAUUCAACUGGCUGUGCUCCCCGGCCUGCACCGAGCUGGAAACAAUCGUUUUGGACUGGGUGGCACAAGCAUUGAACCUCCCCAAUUGCUUUAUGAGCUCUUCGGAGAACCGUGGCGGUGGUGUGCUCCAGGUCAGUGCCAGUGACACUAUCGCCACCGUGAUGGUGGCUGCUCGGGAACGGCGGGUCCGUGAUCUGGCAUUAGCCGAAGGCUUGAAGGAGGGAACGCUCGAGUACGAGGACCGGGUGAUGGACCUCCGACCGAGAUUGGUUGCGAUGGGAAGCAACCAGGCGCACAGUAGCACCGCAAAGGGUGCAUUGAUUGCCGGCACGCGGUAUCGGAGUGCCACCCCCAAGCUGGAGAAUAAUAUGGAGCUAACUGGAGAGGAUGUGCGGGCUGUUCUGGAGCAAUGCGACAAGGACAACCUGACCCCAUACUAUAUCACCCUUAGCAUGGGAACGACGAGCACGUGUGCUGUGGAUCGCAUCUCCGAGAUCACGGCCGUGCUCCGGGAGAAGCCUUCUUGGCAGCGGAUUUGGGUGCACAUCGAUGCGGCAUAUGCCGGUUCGGCCCUGGUCACGGAUGAGUUCCAGUAUCUCGCCAAGGAGCUUGCGGAAGGCGUCGACAGUUUCAAUUUCAACAUGCAUAAGUGGUUGCUGGUCAACUUUGAUGCAAGCUGUCUCUUCAUCCGCAACCGAUUCGAUCUCACCGAUGCCUUGGACAUCACCCCCGCGUACCUGCGCAACCCCUACUCUGAAUCUGGGCAAGUGAUUGACUACCGCAACUGGAGCAUUUCUCUCGGCCGCCGAUUCCGCGCGUUGAAGAUCUGGUUCGUCAUGCGUAGCUACGGCCUCAAUGGACUCAAAGCACACGUCCGGAAAACUAUCCGCGUAGGCGAGGAGUUCACAAGCCUGGUGCGCAGCCGAUCAGAUCUUUUUGAAAUCAUCACCACUCCCGCAUUCGGCUUGACCGUCUUCCGCAUCAAGGACACCAGAACACAGGCCAAUGGGUCCGCAGUCAACGGAACUACUGUUGCAAAGCCGAAUGAAAAGCACGACGCCCUCACAAAGGAAGUCUACGAGCUUAUCAACGCGCGCGGCGAGAUCUUCAUCACUUCCACUGUUGUCUCGGGUAUUUAUGCAAUCCGCGUGAUCUGCGCCAACGAAGCGGCGGAAGAGAAGUACCUCCGGCGGGCGUUUGAGAUUCUCAUUGAGACUACGGACGAGACACAUCCUCGUAACAGGCGCGACAGGCUUCAUCGGCGCCCAUGUAGUCGACAACCUGCUAGCCGCGGGCUAAGCGUCCGCGCCGCAACACGCUCCGCACAAAAAGGCGAGCAAAUGAAAGCCGCAAGGCCACAGCACGCCUCCCGGCUCGACUUCGUCGAGAUACAAGACUUCUCGCAGAUCGGAGUCUUCGACGAUAUCAUGGAGGGUAUAGACGGGGUCAUUCACGUCGCGAGUCCAUUCACAUACGACACCACAAACAACGAACAAGAACUCAUCAUCCCGGCCAUAAACGGAGUGAAAUCCAUCCUCUCCGCCUCGGCGAAACAACCCAGUGUGAAGCGCGUUGUCCUCACUUCGUCGUUUGCGUCCGUGGUUGAUAUCUCCAAGACCUAUGAUGGUGACUUUACUUACACCGGUUCCCAUUGGAAUCCCCUGACGUACGAAGAAGCGAUCGACCCCGCCACUGACGCGGUGGUAGCGUACCGGGGAUCGAAGAAGUUUGCCGAACUAGAAGCCUGGCAGUUCAUCGAGCGGGAGAAGCCCUCGUUUGAUCUCGUUACGCUUUGUCCGCCCAUGACCUUCGGCCCUGUCGUGCAUCCUGUAAGCGGUGUAGCGGGGUUGAACGAGUCGAAUGCGGUGCUGUGGAGUGUGGCUUCCGGGGCGGAUCCGUUGCCCGUUGCCAGAGUUUCCGCGUGGAUUGACGUGAGGGAUUUGGCAGAGGCGCAUGUGCAGGCUUUGUUGAGGAGUGAGGUUGGUGGGAAGCGAUUUGUGCCUGCUUCGGGGGAGCCGUUUUCGUAUGAGUUGGCGGCGGAUAUUAUUCGGGGAAGGUUUGAAUGGGCGAGAGAUACGGUUACCGGGAAUUACGAGACUGGGAAGAAGCCUGUUCAAGGGUAUAAGUUGGAUGGGGAGGCUGUGAUGAGGGAGUUGGGGGUCAGGUUUCGGAGUUUCGAGGAGACGGUGGUAGAUUUGGUGGGUCAGGUUAAGGAGACUCUUGUUUGA